CAUGGCUAGAUCUAAGAAAAUUUUCACUUGCAUAAUUUUCUCUCACAUUUUGUCAUCCUUGUUGGCCUUUCUUGAUGCAUCAUCACACACACUCCAACAAGGUGAUAUGCUCAACUCCUCCUCUUCCACUUUCCUAGUUUCCUCAAGGAAAAACUUCACCUUAGGAUUCUUUAAGCCUUCGAAAUACUCAGACAACAAUAAUACUUACUUAGGAAUAUGGUAUACAAAUUCCGCUGAUCAACGGGCAGUAUGGGUUGCCAACAGAAACUCACCUAUAUAUAACAAUUCUGGUGUCCUCAGUAUAGACAAAGCCGGGAAACUGAUUAUUACAUACAAUGGAGGGAGCUCUGCUGAGCUAUAUGCGAGUAAAGCCGGCACCAUUAACAUAACUGCAACUUUGUUGGAUUCAGGAAACUUUGUAGUGAGAGAGGCAAAUUCCAACGGAUCAACAAAGCAGCGGGUACUCUGGCAGAGCUUUGACUAUCCCACCCACACGCUUCUACCGGAGAUGAAAUUAGGUGUCAACCACAGGACUGGACGGAUCUGGUCUCUUACAUCUUGGUUUGCUGAGGAUGAACCAGCUCUAGGGGCUUUCACUCUUGAAUGGGAUCCUAGUGGACGCCGAUUGGUUGUUAGGCGACGAGGGAUGAUUUAUUGGACUAGUGGGGUGUUGAAGGAUAAGGCAUUUGAAUUCUUGCCUAAACCUGAUACUAUCAACUGGAAUUAUAAUUUCAUCAAUGUUACUGAUCCGGAAGAGGAGUAUUUUACUUAUUCGCUUAUAAUAGAUCCUGUAGUUACACCAGAGGAUCGAAAAAGUAUAUCAGGAUGGGUGCUAGAGCACAAUGGUUUCAUAUCUGGUUAUCAAGAUAGGCAUGGGAUUGCUCGAGUCGAUCUUUGUUAUGGUUACAAUACGCGGGGAUCAGAAUUAGCCUACAGUGGGUGUGAGCUAUGGGAGCAGCCCAAGUGCAGGAAUCGCCACCAGAAGUUCGAUCUACGAUCUGGGUACUUCAUUCCUAGUGAAGCAUCACCUGACAAAAAUGAGAGUCUUGGUCUCAGUGAUUGUAGGGACAUAUGUUGGAUAGAUUGUGAUUGUGUUGGUUUUAAUGAUUAUGGGACAGGAUGCGUAUUUUGGAAAGGAAAUUUGGUGUUUCAUCAAGAUUACAUAGGUGAUAAAGUCCGUCAAUAUGUUCUUAUUUCCAACUCGAAUGCAGGAGAGAAGAAAUGGAUAUGGAUUGUCAUUGCUGUAGUAGUUGCAUUACUAAUGCUUCUUUUCGGCCUCUUGUGCUUUUUAAGAAGAAAAAGUAAACGACGAGGACGAGGUACAUCCCUAACAAAUAAUAGAUUUGUUUGUCACAUUGUAAUGUUUCACCUUAAUCUCUAUUAUUUUUAUGGAAUGACAAGUUUAGUUUUGUAUUUUAUCAAAAUAGAGAAUAAAGAGGAGAAAGUUUUACUUGAACUUAUGACAUCAAAUGGAGAUGAACCUGAACUUGACGGGAAUAAGGGUCACGAGCUCAAGGUAUUUAGCUUUGCAUGUAUGAUGGAUGCUACAAGUUCCUUCUCAUCAGAAUGUAAACUUGGAGAGGGUGGUUUUGGACCAGUUUACAAGGGAAAAUUGCGUGAGGGACAUGAAAUAGCUGUAAAGCGACUUUCAAGAAUAUCGAGAAGAUCGGGACAAGGAUUGCUGGAGUUCAAGAAUGAGCUCAUACUUAUAGCCAAACUCCAACACAUGAAUCUGGUGAGGCUUCUAGGCUGUUGCAUUCAAGGAGAUGAGAAGAUGUUGGUAUAUGAAUACAUGCCUAACAAAAGUUUGGACUCCCUUCUCUUUGAUACAAGUAAGAAUGAGCAAUUAACAUGGGAAAGACGCCUCAACAUUAUUGAAGGAAUCGCUCAAGGACUACUUUACCUUCACAAGUAUUCAAGAUUGAAGAUAAUACAUAGAGAUUUGAAAGCUAGUAACAUAUUACUUGAUGAGAACAUGAUCCCCAAAAUUUCUGAUUUUGGUAUGGCUAGAAUUUGCAAGCAGAAUGUAUCGGAAGCUAACACAAAUAGAAUUGGUGGGACGUAUGGUUACAUGGCUCCUGAGUGCAUGGAGGGAGUUUUUUCUGUUAAAUCUGAUGUCUACAGUUUUGGAGUACUAAUGCUUGAAAUUGUGAGUGGUCGAAAGAACAACAGCUUUUAUGAUAUUGAAGGUCCGCUUAACCUAGUAGGAUUUGCAUGGAAAUUAUGGAACAAAAAUGCUACUCUAGAGCUUGUGGAUCCAACACUGGGGAGUUCAUGUAUUGAACAACAGUUUCUAAGAUGCAUUCAUGUCGGUCUUUUAUGUGUAGAAGAUCGUGCAGUCGAUAGGCCAACUAUGCCAAAAGUUGUUUCCAUGUUAACAAAUGACAGCAUGGCUUUGCCAGUGCCAAAGAAACCAGCAUUUGUAAGCGGAAGCAGAGUGGUUGAGGAAGAUUCACACAGAAGUAAGCCUGAAAAGUAUUCUGUAAAUGGGCUUUCCAUUUCUGCAAUAGAUGCGAGAUAGAGAUGGUUUUUUUUUUUGCACGCCAGCUCAAUAUAAGGCCAAUAAGGCAGCUGCCUUGGGCCCCAAUUGGAAAAAGAGGCCCCAUAUUUUUCUUACCGUAUUAAUUAUAUUUCCUUUGAUAUAUUAAUUACCAAAU